UCACCCCCUCCCCUUUUCUACCUCCUCCCUGUGCCCCUCUCUCACUCUCCUUCUCACUCAUUUGCUCACAUUCUCUCACUUUCCCUACCAGGCUUCACACACACUGCAGGAUGUCGAUAGUGAUCAUUGUUGCCAGGGAGAUCCUGGACUCCAGGGGGAACCCCACAGUGGAAGUGGACCUGCAUACUGACAAAGGUGUCUUCAGGGCAGCUGUGCCUAGCGGAGCGUCUACUGGCAUCUAUGAAGCCCUGGAGCUGAGAGACGGAGACAAGAGCCGCUACAAGGGCAAAGGUGUGCUCAAGGCUGUUGGUCACAUCAAUGACACCAUCGGUCCUGCCCUCAUCCAGUCGGGGGUCAGUGUGGUAGAACAGGAGAAACUGGACAAGAUGAUGAUAGAGAUGGACGGCACUGAGAACAAGUCUCAGUUCGGGGCCAAUGCUAUUCUGGGUGUGUCCUUGGCCAUAUGCAAAGCUGGUGCCGCAGAGAAAGGUGUCCCCCUGUACCGUCACAUUGCAGACCUGGCAGGAAACACAGAGCUAGUGCUUCCAGUUCCUGUAUUUAACAUUAUCAACGGGGGCUCUCAUGCAGGCAACAAGCUGGCCAUGCAAGAGUUCAUGGUACUUCCUGUAGGGGCGGAGUCUUUCAGGGACGCUGUGCGUGUGGGGGCGGAGCUGUACCAGACGCUGAGGGAAGUGAUCAAGGAGAAGUAUGGCCAGGACGCCACCAGCGUGGGGGACGAGGGGGGGUUCGCCCCAAACAUACUAGAGAACACUGAAGCCCUGGAGCUGAUCAAGACAGCCAUUGAGAAGGCAGGUUUCACAGACAAGGUGGUGAUCGGGAUGGACGUGGCAGCCUCUGAGUUCUACAAAGAGGGCAAGUACGACCUGGACUUCAAGUCUCCGCCCAACGCAGACCGCCACAUCAGCGCCCAAGAGCUCUGCGACAUGUACCAGGGCUUCGUCAAUGACUACCCAGUGGUGUCCAUUGAGGAUCCGUUUGACCAGGAUGACUGGCCGGCCUGGUCCCAGAUGACAGCCUCCGUGGGGAUCCAGGUGGUGGGGGACGACCUGACCGUCACCAACCCCAAGAGGAUAGAGCGCGCCCUGGAGGAGAGGGCCUGCAACUGCCUGCUGCUCAAAGUCAACCAGAUUGGCUCUGUCACCGAAGCCAUCCAGGCGUGUAAGCUGGCUCAAGAGAAUGGCUGGGGGGUGAUGGUGAGCCACCGCUCAGGUGAGACAGAGGACACCUUCAUUGCUGAUCUGGUGGUGGGCCUCUGCACUGGACAAAUCAAGACUGGAGCUCCCUGUCGAUCAGAGCGGCUGGCCAAAUACAAUCAACUCAUGAGGAUUGAGGAGGAGUUAGGGGACCAGGCUCGCUUCGCAGGGCACAACUUCCGGAACCCCGCCGCCCUCUAAGACUCCUCUGGGCUGACGGACACUGACACAGAAUCACAGACAUACAUCACAUCACUGCAGGGCACAACUUCCGGAACCCCGCCGCCCUCUAAGACUCCUCUGGGCUGACGGACACUGACACAGAAUCACAGACAUACAUCACAUCACUGCAGGGCACAACUUCCGGAACCCCGCCGCCCUCUAAGACUCCUCUGGGCUGACGGACACUGACACAGAAUCACAGACAUACAUCACAUCACUGCAGGGCACAGACAGACUGACAGAUGUCCACAGACAGAUAUACAGCCUACAAUGAAUCCUUCAGAUAGAUAGGUCAGACAGACAUAUGUUUGGAAGGACAGAGAGACAGACAGACUGAAUAAGACUUAUUUUCCAUCAAUCUUUUCUUCUCCCCGUUACCUCAAAGAGUUUUCUCAUCUCAAUUUCCUCAAUUGCCCAACCCUUCCCCUUUCCUCCCGUCCUUCCAUGUUUGGCAACCUUUCAGUUACCACUUCAUCUAAAAGCCUGCCACAUAAUUGUCUGUACCACCUACAUGUAAAAGCUUACCACAGAAACCCUCCAAUCAAUAAAGAUAUGAACACUUAUGAUGUAAACAUCA